AUGGUGGAGUUCAUAGACUUUCCGAGGAACCGCAAACGGUCGCGGGGCAAGUCGCGUUACAAUCACCCCGCGAAGCGCCAGCGUCCACACAUCCCUCCUGCCGAGUACAUCCCCAUCGACGACAACGAUGGACCGACGAACGCAACGACCAUCUACCAAAAUAACCGAGCGAUAUCGCAACGAUCGCAUGAUGCUUCCCAACUUCGAAGCAAUGGACGAUCAUCUGCGAAUUCCUCCAAAGAUCCGAUCCAGGCCGAGGUAAAUCGCCUGCUGGCCGAAUACACACGGGGUAUCCCUCCCGACUUGUAUGCUUCAGGGAAGAAAAAGGCAUACUAUAUCGUCUGGAAAGGACAUCAAUGCGGAAUCUUUACGACCUGGACAGCCUGUCAGGCCCAAACCAACGGGGUUUCAAAAGCUGGCUCGGAACAAGCUGAACACAAUCUGGCACCUCCAGAAAAGCCUAAAGAACCUCCGCUUUGCGCGGAACAACAACAUGCUAUGGACCUGGCCAUGCAAGGUCACAAUGUGUUCAUCACUGGAUCAGGCGGAUGCGGCAAAUCAGUUCUGGUCAAAGCACUAUACAGAGCUUUCAGCGCUUUACUUCAAGGAUCUGGAAAGACAGUGAAUCUCAUCGCCCCCACUGGACAGGCCGCCCUCAAUAUUGAAGGCAGAACAACUUAUAACUAUGCUGGUUGGACGCCGGACGAUUUGAAAAAGCCAUUAUACAGCCAUGACCCUAACACUUACAGCCUCAUAAGAAAGGCACAAGGCAAAAAGAUAUUCAAACGGUACACAGGAACUCAGGUUCUCAUCAUCGAUGAGAUCAGCAUGAUAGAAAAUCAGUUCUUUGAGCGACUUAGUCGUGUCAUGAGCGCCACCCGAAAAGACACCAGGCCUUUUGGAGGUGUUCAGAUGAUUGUCGUUGGGGACUUUUGCCAGCUGCCGCCGGUGGAUCCGUUCCAGUGGUGUAUGGCAUGCGGCAGGGGAAUGAGAAAGAUUGGUGCCUCGAGCGUCUGCCCUGAUGGGCAUGGUGUCGAGUUCGAGGCCGAGGACAAAUGGGCAUUCAAAUCUCCGGAAUGGACAAGGUGUAACUUCAAAACUGUACACCUAACCAAGAUUCACCGACAGCAAGACGAAGCGUUUAUUGGGGUUCUCCAAAAGUGCCGAUUAGGCCGGUUCCUCGAAACAGACGACGUGAAUCUUCUUCUAAAUCACGAAAGUGAAACCGAGAACGCAACUGAGCUGAAAUCCACUAAGGAAGAAGUUGCCAAGCGCAACAAGCAGAAAUUUGACCAAAUUCCUGGAAAGAUUCGGGAGUACCAGGCUAUUGACGCUGUCGAAUGCGUCCAGGGAGAAACCUCACAACCACCUCGGAACCUUGACGAUCACCGUUACGCGCAAACUCUUCAACUGAAGGCUAACACGCCGGUGGUAUUGCUUGCAAAUAUUGAUCUAGAUAGGGGUCUUUGCAACGGAAGGCAGGGCACUGUCAUUGGCUUUGUACCAGGCUCCGAGGUUAGAAGACCUGAGCCGCCAAAUAGAGGAAAUUUCGAGCAUGAUGACGACGCCUAUCGGGCUGCCGAGACAAGACACUCAAAAAUCGUAUCUUUUCUGGAUCGCGCGAGUGCAAGUGGAGAAAAGUUCGAUCUAGCAAAGAUCUUCGAGCACGGGCAAGCAUACGUCGCGUUAAGCCGAGCUCGGUCUCUCCGCGGCCUUAAGAUCGAGGGAGCUACAGCUGCGCAGCUGAGAUCUACUUUCCGAGUAGAUUACGCAGUAGAGCAAUUCAUGGAGACGUUUGAGGCCGCAGACAUCGAAGACAAUCCCGCAGGCGCUCAGGAAGAGGAUGAGAGCUCCGAGGAAGAGGAAGAAGUGAGCGAAAUAUCACAGGAAGAGUAU